AGCUCGGUAACUGUGAAUGCACUUGCUAUAACGGUGUGAAUAAAAUUGACAUUAAGAAACGAAAACCCACCGCUGCGAUUUAGAAGUCAGGCCAUUCUUCCGGCGCCAUCUAGUGGAAAGUCAUCAUGUUGCUCUCGACGACAAGUUGCAAAGUUGCAAACUGCGCACAGUCAGUUGCAAAAAUCUUCAUGUGCACAGUAUCCGUACAAAACAAGUAGAUCCACUUAACUUUUGAAACCAAUUUACCUAUGAACAAACAAAACUAUCAACAUUCUUUCUGCUGAAUAUUAAUAAUAAUGCAAAAUUAAGUAGAAAAAUUAGUGUAACAUCAUUUUACAUCUUAUGCAGCAGACCACUGCUGUAUUACACGCGUAGGGAUACUAAGAUUGACGAACCAAUGGUUGCCUUAUAACGACGGGUGUGGUUUAAUUAGUGUACAUUCCAAGUUUUUUGAAGGCGCACAACGAGGAAAAUUAGAAGUUCAUCAUCUUACGAGUUUCUUCAUUACAGAAUGACCGGCCGAGCUAGAGCUAGAUCAAGGGGACGAGCCCGUGGACAGGAGACCGGGCCUCCAGGAGUGCCACCAUCGGAGGAGCCGGCGCGGGAAGUUCCUUCAGAGGCCGGUGAGCUGGUGGGGCGUGGACGGCAGAGAACAGCUCCGGGAACUGUUGCUAAGGAAGCCAUCUUCCAGAUCUCCGCCGGCUUCGCGCAGGUGAAGAUCGGGGAGAGGGGCGGGCGACGGCGCGACUUUCACGAUGCCGGAAUCAACACCCGGCAGGCCAUGGAGCACGUCAAGGAGUCCAAGUCCGGUGUUUCCGGGGCUCCCAUCGAGCUGAGGGCCAACUUCUUCCGCAUCCUGUCCCGGCCCCAGUGGGUGCUCUUCCAGUACCACGUGGACUACAACCCCCCCAUGGAGUCCCGCCGCCUGCGCUCCGCCCUCCUCUUCCAGCACGACGAGACGCUGGGCACCGCGCGCACCUUCGACGGGGCCAUCCUCUUCCUCCCACGCAGGCUCCACAACACGGAGACGGUGCUGCACAGCGAGACCAGGCACGGAGAGAAGGUGAAGAUCACGGUCACGCUGACCAACGAGCUACCCCCCACCUCCCCGGUGUGCCUUCAGUUCUACAACAUCAUCUUCAGAAGAGUGCUGAGGAUGCUGAACAUGCAGCAGAUCGGCCGCCAUUACUACAACCCCAGCGACCCCCUCAACAUCCCCCAGCACAGGCUGACGAUCUGGCCGGGCUUCACCACCACCAUCCUGCAGUACGAGUCGAGCAUCAUGCUGUGCACGGACGUGAGCCACAAGGUGCUGCGCAGCGAGACGGUGCUCAGCGUGAUGGGCCGGCUGAGGAGGGAGUGCGGGCCCGAGCACUUCCCCGAGGCCUGCACCAAGGAGCUGGUGGGGCUCAUCGUGCUCACCAAGUACAACAACAAAACAUAUCGAAUUGACGACAUCGCAUGGGAUCACACCCCAAACAACACCUUCAAAAGGGGGGACUCUGAGAUCUCCUUCAAAAACUACUACAAGACCCAAUACGGUCUGGACAUCACCGACGGGAACCAGGUGCUGCUGAUCAGUCACGUGAAGAGGCUGGGCCCUGCGGGAGCUCCGCCCCCUGGGCCUGCCAUGCUGGUGCCUGAGCUGUGCUACCUGACAGGCCUGACAGACAAAAUGCGCAGCGACUUCAACAUCAUGAAGGAUCUCUCAUCCCACACCAGACUUACACCGGAGCAGAGAGAAAAUCGACUCAGCCGCUUCAUCAACAACAUCCACAAGAACACGGAGGCUCAGGCGGAGCUCAACACCUGGGGGCUGAACUUCGACAACAAGCUGGUGAACAUCCAGGCCCGCGUCCUGCCCGCAGAGAGGAUCGUGCAGGGGCCCAAGACGUAUGAGUAUAAUCCCUGGAUGGCGGACUGGUCGAAGGAGAUGAGGGGGCUGCCCCUGAUCAGGUCCCGCCCCCUGGAGUCCUGGGUGAUGUUCUACACGCGGCGCAAUGGCGACAUGGCGCAGUCCCUGCUGCAGACUCUGGGUCGAGUGUCCCAGCCCCUGGGAAUCAAGAUGCAGAGAGCAGUCAUGAUUGAGUAUGACGACAGGCAGGACGCUCUGCUCAGGUCUCUGCAGCAGAACGUUGGCCCGGGUACUCAGAUGGUGGUGGUGAUUCUGCCCACUAACCGCAAGGACAAGUACGACUGCGUGAAGAAGUACCUGUGCGUGGAGUGUCCCACUCCCAGCCAGUGCGUGGUGGCUCGAACCCUCAGCCGGCCUCAGGCCCUCAUGACCAUCGCCACCAAGAUCGCCCUGCAGAUAAACUGCAAGAUGGGCGGCGAGCUGUGGAGCGUGGAAAUCCCGCUCAAGCAUCUGAUGAUCGUGGGGAUUGAUUGUUACCAUGACACCGCUGCUGGGAAGAGGUCCAUCGGGGCUCUAGUGGCCAGCCUCAACCAGGGAAUGUCAAGAUGGUUUUCCAAGUGUGUGAUGCAGGACCGUGGGCAGGAGAUCAUGGACGGCCUGAAGGUGGCGCUGCAAGAGGCUCUGAAGGCGUGGCUGAAGUACAACAACUGCCUGCCGGCCCGCAUCAUCGUGUACCGGGACGGCGUGGGCGACGGCAUGCUCCAGAGCGUGGUCAACUACGAGGUCCCGCAGAUCAUGGACUCCAUCCGGGCCCUGGGGCAGGACUACGCGCCCAAGCUGUCGGUCGUGGUGGUGAAGAAGCGGAUCAGCUCCCGCUUUUUCGCCCGGCUGGACGGGAAGCUGGCCAACCCGCCGCCAGGAACGGUCAUCGACACGGAGGUGACGCGCCCCGAAUGGUACGACUUCUUCAUCAUCAGUCAGGCCGUUCGCAUGGGGAGCGUCUCCCCGACUCACUACAACGUGGUGUUCGACAGCAACGGGCUCAAACCGGACCACAUGCAGCGGCUGACCUACAAACUCUGCCACCUGUACUACAACUGGCAGGGGAUCAUCCGGGUGCCUGCACCCUGCCAGUAUGCCCACAAGCUGGCCUUCCUGGUGGGCCAGAGCAUCCACAGGACCCCCAGCCUGCACCUGGAUGACUUCCUCUACUACCUGUAAUGGGGGAACGGAGAAUUUUCAUUCAGCGAGCGCAUUUGUUAGAAAUUUUCAUUUUACGAACACUUGUUUUAAAUCCUUUUAUUUUUUUAAUUUAAAAAAAUAUCUUUUUUUAAGGUACCUAAAGACUUGUUUGACUGCUUUUUGGGAGCAACAUGAUGGUUGGUUAAACGGACUAAAGUUUGUUUCAUAUUUACUGUUUCAACCCUUGCAUCUACAUGAUGAUGCCAAGUUCUUUGGCAGUGUGCGUAACUACCGAACAGGAAUGUAAAAACCUGAUUUCAGUUUCUGUUAAGAUGUUCAUUUGAAUGUAAUGGUGGACAUGUUUGUGUGCACAGGCUUGUUUCAGUGUUUACAGUAGCAUUAAAGGUCAUUAGUAAAAGGUCUACUCAGUCAGUGGUAGGAUUUUUUCAGUUGCUCUGAGCAGUAUUAGAAAGUUGAGCGGUGUUCUCUUCAACACCGGCAACACGUAUACAUGUGAAUGUAACUUCAUCUUUUCAGGUUGUUGGCACGUAUUUCAAUUUCUUUUCUAGAAACUUGCAGCAGUUAUCCCUGCUUUCGAGUUGGGAAGAGCCAUUUAUCAUUGAGUUACUCAGGUAUAUCAGUAUGAAGUAUAAGGAAAAAGGGAAAAAGUUAUUUUAUUGAUCAAAUGUAAAUUAAAAGAACAAGUUGAAUUAUCUUGAACUAAAUGGCACAGUCACCACCAGCAGCACUUAUAAACUGAAUACUGACAGACCCACACAUGCAUAUAUAUAUAUAUAUAUAGUUGCACACAAGGGUCUAUGAUGAGUUUUUUUAUUUUUACUAAAACUACUGAUAAGUUGGCUGGCUGAGCCAUAAUGUCAGCUGUUUCCUUAAGUUUGCUGUUAAUCAGUACUUUUAAUGGGCACACAAGUGGAAGUAUGGCUCCCUUUGAAUACCAACCAUUGGUAAAGAAUGCCCGUUUUUGGUUUAACAGUGAAAACUCUGGAGUAUUCAUUUUUCUGCUGGUCUGCCUACUUUUCAUUUGCAACUAUAUUCAUCUUUGUUGCCCUAAGUGAAGUUGCUUGACUUAAGACGGUUUUGCUAAGGAUGGUCAAAAAAACAAACAAAAAUAAAACUUUGGUUUUUGUUCAGUUAAAUUGUGUGGAAGAGUUCUCCAGAAGAUCAAGUUGUUUCCUAUGUGUAUGGUGUACUGAAAUGGUGUGAAUAAAACCUUUGUUGAAUAAGGAA